UUUAUUGGGAUUUUUUUUAUACAAUUUAUAUUUUCUUUUCCUGCCAGUUGGAGGCCCAUCCCCAGAAGACUUAUCUGAUGACAUAUUAUUUAUAAUUUAUCUAUUUAACAAGAUAAAACUUAAUUAAUUUCACAUAAAGUUGAAAAAAUAAUGUCGUGAUUUGAAAUUAACGAUUAUUUAAAAUGAGUGUUUUAAUUGUAAACAAAUGCAUAUAUCCAUGCAUUACGUAUGUACAUACAUGUAUAUAUAUUAUAUUUAUAUAAACAUAGCCUAUACCCAUACCCAUACAGUGAUAAAUACCAAUACAUCGAUUGCGGCGCUGCACUGUGGCAAUAACUGCAAACUAACGAUAGGCACAUUUUUUGCAAAUGGCGUCAUAGUAUCUCGCUACACGUGUUCAUGUUGUAAGGCGUCAUAUAUUGAAUUGCGUUAUUUGAAAGUGAAGUCAAUUAAAAAUAAAGAUUGUGCUAAUUAAGCAAAUAUAGUUAUAUUAUAUUGUUUUAAUAAAAAGAUUUGAAUAUGUUUUAUUUAAUUGAGUGUGACAAAGAUCAAUCUUUGUGUACUGUAGAAGACUUCGAAAUCGUGUGCGAUCCCAAUCAACCACCAAUAUUAGACGAAAAUGUUGAUUUUUUUUAUAGAAAAGAAAAGUACAAAGGGGUUGUUGUUGGCAUGUCAGAGGAUGCUAAUCUAUUGAACGAAAAGGCAAAAAAUUUAAAACGGAAACGGAAAGCUUCUGGUUCACCUGUUCAGUCAUCACCAUUACCUCCCAAGAGAUCCCGGAAGCCUAAGAAAAGCUUUUCUUUUACUGAUGAGAUUAGUGACUGUCAAGUCAAGAAGCCGAAAAAAAAUUCAGAUAAAAAAAAUCAAGAAAACUACACUAAAAACUUACAAAACCAAGUUAAAUCCAAAAUUCACGAUGGGAAUAAAGACUCGAGAACGGAGACUUCCAAGCAACAAUCUGCAGUCAAUAAACCAGUCGCUGAUCGUCCAGCAAUAAGUCCCACAAAAGAGGAGCUUAGAAUGAUGCUUGAAAGACAGAACAAGCUCCUCGAAUUAUAUCAAAGCCCAUCACGUCAAAGUUCAGCAUUGAGUAGUAAAAUAUUGCAAAAAAGAAACGAAUCAGAUUCCGAAGACAGUGAUAAAGAAGUGUUACGUGCAGAAACAAGUUCUGCAAGUGAUAAUGAUGAUUAUAAGGAACCCCUCAGAGUAUCAAAAAAAGAAACACUUGAAGAAAAUGACAAUCAGGACGGUCAUCAAUCUGAAUCUAAAACGGAAAGUAAUAGUCCGAAAGAUGAUACAACUUUGAAUCCUCAAUUGUGGGGCAAAAACUGCGGCGAGCCAGUAGUUUUGUUGAAAAACAACAUUUACUGCAAAAAAGCGAUUUUUGACGAUGCAGAAGAUUUAUCUAGGAAGUCUGCUACAUCGCUUUUACGAAGAUUGAUGGAUGGAGUAUUUAGACCUGAUGUUAUUUUAAACUUGAACUGCACGUACAGUGGGCGGCCUCCUUCAGCACAAGGAAAAGACAAACAGCUUAAGAAAGUUGAACCAUUAGAUCGACUAGCCAAAAGAGCACUCAUGGAAUAUUGUGAUGAUUAUGCUACUAAAAAAGGAUGGUCAAAAUCCAACCCGAGUGAUCUACGUGCAGCUAUGUCACAAUGGAUCGGUGAGUUAAAAAGAACACAUCAAAAAAAUCUCAAUAAACGAAACACAUAAUUCGUUUGGUCACACUCUUUUUUUGUUAACUUGAUAAAAAUACUUUAUCUCGCAUGACGUUACACGUCAAUCUAUAAUAAAUAAGUUCAUUAAGCUUUAAUAAGAUAAAUUGAAA